AUGGCUAUCACCAAACGCAUCGAAAAGGAGACGCAGAAGCUCAGGGAUGAUCCUCCCCCGGGUUUAUAUGCUGUUCCUGAUCCCAAGAACAGUCGAUACUUCCAUAUCGAGUUAGAAGGACCUGAUGGCACCCCCUAUGAGAAGGGCUAUUACAAGUUGGAGAUGUUUUUACCCGAGGGGUAUCCCAUGGAGCCUCCGAAGGUCCGUUUCCUAACGAAGAUAUAUCAUCCCAAUAUCGACAAGUUGGGUCGUAUAUGUUUGGAUAUCCUCAAGGAUAAAUGGUCCCCGGCACUUCAAAUGAGGACCGUCCUACUCUCCAUUCAAGCAUUGCUAUCCUCCCCUGAGCCCGAUGACCCGCUUGAUCCCAGUGUAGCUGAGCAUUUCAAGCAUAACAGGGCGGAAGCCGACGNNNNGGUCCGUUUCCUAACGAAGAUAUAUCAUCCCAAUAUCGACAAGUUGGGUCGUAUUUGUUUGGAUAUUCUCAAGGAUAAAUGGUCCCCGGCACUUCAAAUGAGGACCGUCCUACUCUCCAUUCAAGCGUUGCUAUCCGCCCCUGAGCCUGAUGAUCCGCUCGAUACUGGUGUCGCCGAGCAUUUUAAACAUAACAGGGCAGAGGCUGACAGCAUUGCUCGGAGCUGGAACCAGAUAUAUGCCAUGAACAAGAAACAGUUGUGA